AUGUCCUGUUUAAAAGAAGAGCGUAAACCGAUACGCCCAAUAAAGACUUUGGAUGUUAUUUUUAGACGACGUUAUGUUCCUAAUACACAGCAUUAUUUUACCAAUCGAAUUAAAGCAUUUAAGAGCGAUGCGAGCAAAAUAAAGCCAUCACAACCUUUUUUUGUGCCAAGGUCAGAAAAAUUGCUUUCUUACAUAAAGUACAGCGAUCGCAAUGAAAAGCUGAUUUCCAGAAGAAGGUUAUGUCAACCGUUACAUCUGAAAGACAAUCUUAGAAUAGCGGCUACAAGAGACAUAUCUAAAAGACUUUAUCUUGAAGAACCUCCAGAUAACAUAGAGACUGUUGUUAAAAUUCACCCAGAGUUCUACACUGUCAUCGAAGGUCGACCUUUACGAUGUUUUGAUGAUAUAAAGGUAUACGUAAAUAAUAUUCGUAAUUAUGCAAUGAAUCGACAACAAAUAGGAUACAGGCGCGAUUUAAUUUUAAAAAUUGAUGAAAGUUUGGCUGAAGAAACCAAAGAGCACGAUAUAAUUGUGAUAAACUUAAAACAGCACAUUAAGAAUUUUCAAAAAUUUUUGACUGAAGAUUAUAAAAAAGCAUGUGCCAAAGUAUCUAAUGCCGAAAAAGUUUAUUGUGAUUUAGUCGCAAAAAAUUCAGAAUUCCUUGGAUAUGUUUCGAAAUUGACGAUCCUAAAUAACAUUAUAUUCAAACUAGAUGCUAUAAGAGGUAUUUUAAAAAUUUACAGGAGUUAUUUAAUAUUUGUUGCACCUCUUUCAUGGAGACAAAUGUAUGAUGAAACUUUAAGGGAUAGAAUUCAAUCAAUACAGUUUGAGACCGGAGAGUUUGCGACAGACAAUGAUUUGGUUGAAACCUUGGACAUAGAUAAAAUGAUUGAACUAGCUAGACAAGAAUUACAGAAUCCUAAUCCGGCUCAUAUGUAUUUUAAACGACCACAUCAAAUGAUAUAUCUCUUUAGGAUAAUGGAAUUACAAAGUCGAGAAUACCUAAUACAACUUUCUAAAACUGAUGCUCCGUUUAGAAUUUUGCAAGAUCGCAUUAAGCAAUUAAAGUUGGUUACCACGCAGGAGCUCGAUCACUUCCAGUACUAUAUAGAUUAUAUUACUAAUGAGAUCGCCCGAGAAACUUACAAUGAGACAUAUUUACGUGAUAAAUUUUUUCGCAUAUUAAACACUACGUUUUACGACAGUGUAGCUAGUCCAAAUACAUUGAAAUUAAGAAUUUGUAUAGAAUACGUUUAUGAACAAAUAUUUGGAAAAUGUGAGGAAGGACAUCAAUGCUUACAAGACCCAAUGAAAAUAUUGGAAGUUAUGUAUGAAGAUUACAAUUUACGUUUAGAUUCAUUAGAUUUUAAAAUAGUUAAUCAAGCGCGUAGUGAUUUCUUUGCUCAAGAUUUGAAGACGAUGACAAAUGCUUAUAAAGCUCAGCGAGAACUUAGGGCGUUCCGUGAAAUGACAAAUGCAAUGAACAAAGCAUUUUUACCUCCAGCAAAAUAUAAACGUCCCGUAUUAAAAAAGUUUUUGGAUAAAAAGAGUCGAAUGGCUUUAUUACUAGCUGAGAAAAGGCAGUCCAAUAUCAUGAGUGGAGAGAGACCAAAGCCGAAAAAAUACAAAAUUACACCGGAGGAAAAAGAAGGAUUACUGAUGUUUACAGACUGGUGUGAAGGAACAAAUCCGGGGCCAUACUUAGAGGAGUACUAUAAGUACGUUAAACCUGCAUUUGAAUGGGUUCCUAGAAAGUCAGUUUUUCUAUAAAUCUUGUGUCUUAAAUUUGAA